AAGUUAGUGUUAAGUACCUACGGAGCAUGCUUUAAUGGAAUCAGCUGUUUUUGUUAUAUGUAAAAAAGAUUUUUAAUGUAAAGUGUUUUUUUUUCUUCAAAAUUGUACUAUUUGCAAGAUAUUUUGCACAAAAUGAUUGAUACUACAGCACGAUGGAGGAUGUGUUAUGAAUCUAUAGACAAUUCAACUAUUUCUAUGUCAAAACCAUCCUAAUUUGACCACGUCAGAUUUUUGGUAUAUAGUAACUGCGGUAGUGACAGUAGCGAUAGUUAUAAAAGGAUUUAUAAAGAUGGUGGUAGUAAUGAUAGUGGUAGUAACAGCGGUAGUGAUAAUAGUAUAGUGGUGAUGUGAUGAUAUGUUUGUACAUUUAUAAAAAUACCUAUUGACAAUUCAAUAUUUUGAAAAGUAAUGUGAGCAUUUAAAAAGAUGAAGAUUUGUAUAACCUGUGUGUAUUGGACAUUACUUUUUAUAUCAAUUGCAUCUAGUGCACUUCUGUUCAUCAUAGUUGCUUCUGAAAAUGCACAAAGCAAUUAUCAUUCAUCUCUUAGAAUGAAUGAAACUUCUGAGACUGAUGAUAAUGAUACAUUAAAUAAUAUGGAAGUUAAUGAUUUAGACACAUCCACUAUAACAAUUAAUGAACUACAUGAUUUACACAAAUUUGAAACUAAUUAUAAAGAUCAUUAUUAUCAAGAAAAGUAUAUUGAGGAUUCUAUUGAUUUUGGAACAGUCAUAAAUGGUAAAGCAGAAAAAGAAGAGAAUCCUUACAAAGAUAUAGCAGAAAGUCUUACUCAACAACCUAAUUUAUCUCAGGGAAUUUCUGAAAAUGAGGAAGUUUUAACUUCGAUAAAUACAACUGUACAAGGAGAAUUUCAAAGUUUAACAGAAUCAAAGCUUAAUUCUGAAUUUUCGAAAUCCAGAUUAUUUUCAAAGAAAUCAUCUCUAUUGAAAAAAAAUGCAAAUAUACAGAAAACAAAAAAGAGACAAGAAGAAAUGUUAUCUAAUAUACAAACACCAUCACCAACUAUUACUAAUGAAAUUAUUGAAAAAUCUAAUGAAACAACUAAUCUUGAGGAAGAAUCUGUAUUAUUAACAAAUUCAAUUGGAAAAGAAGAAACACCUGAAGUAGUGGUAGUAGUAAGAGCUGAACAAACUUCUAUUAAUACUGAUGAACUAGAGUUGAAACUUGAAGAUAAUGUUGUUAAAGUAUUCCCUGAUGAGAUAACUAAAGUUGAUGGAACAUUUGCAACAACCCCAGAAUUAAGUGAUACUGAUGCUAAAGCUCGAUUAGUGGGAGAUAAUCGAGAUGACACUGCUGCAGUUGUUCUUGGUGAAGGAAUUGUAACUGUAGGAUCUUCAAAUCCACAUGAAGAUAUUCCAUCCUUCAGUGAAUGGACACAAAAAAGAUUAGAAGAAGCUGAAAGAAAAAAAUCACAUCCAAAUGCUUCUGUUCAGAAUUCUGGAACACCAACACGAGGAAUUGGUGGAAUGAAAGUUCGUUCUAAAAAUUAUGCUUCUCCAGAUUGUGGUGCAAAAAUCGUAGCAGCAAAUCCAGAAGCGCGAAGUGUUGGAAGCGUUUUAGUUUCCACCAGGGAUGAAUAUAUGCUCAAUACAUGUACGUCACGUAUAUGGUUCGUAGUAGAACUUUGUGAGGCGAUUCAAGCUAAGAAAAUCGAAUUAGCCAAUUUUGAGCUUUUUAGUUCGUCACCGAAGGAUUUUUCAGUGUAUAUUAGCGAUCGUUUUCCUACAAGAGAUUGGAGCCCAGUUGGUCAGUUUACUGCAAAACACGUAAAGGAUAUUCAAAGUUUUGUUCUACAACCACAUCUUUUUGGAAAAUUUAUAAAAGUAGAACUACAAACUUAUUAUGGAUCUGAGCAUUUUUGUCCUAUUUCUUUGUUUCGUGCUUAUGGUACCAGUGAAUUUGAGGUUCUUGAGACUGAAACAGAAAAUCAAAUCCCGAGGGAAUCACAUACAAAUAUAGAUGACGAUGAAGAUAGUGACGAAGAGGAGGUUUUAGAUAUUGAAGAUGGUGAACCACCAAGAAAUUUGUUUGGUAGUGCCAGAGAUGCUGUGUUGAGCAUCAUGAAAAAAGCAGCUGAGGUAUUAGUAAAAUCUAGUGAUUUAACCUAUAAUAAUAUCACAAAAAUUCAGCAAAGUAUAGAUAGUGGUAAUAUUCUUGAAAACUCUUUUGUUAGUUGUACUACACCAAGAUAUACCAUUCUUUGUGAUAGCUGCUCAGAUCAGAAAUUUGCAAAAAUCUUCCAAUUAAUUAGUUGUAGGGAGAAACAACUAAAUGAGUUGCUUAAAAUUGAUCUAGUGAAUAGAACUUUAAGACAAAAUGGACUAUGUAAAAUUCAUGGUGUAGGAGUUGAAACUUUUGCAAAAAAAGAAACACAAAAUGAAAAUAUACAAGAUACGGAAAGACAUGAUCAAUUUAAAGAAAGAUUUAGUUCAAGUAAGAAUUUUCAAUUGACAUUCAUAACAUCUAUACUUAAAUCUGAAUAUAUUGCAGCACUUUGCAAUGUAUUAGCGAUAAAAGAACGUAAGAUGGUAAUGAACACAAGUCAUGAAAUACCAUUGAAUGAUUUCAAAGAAGUUAUUAAAGAAGAUACAUCACAUAAACAUAAAGAAGAUUAUAAUAGUAACACAAAAUCAUUUCAACAUACAUCAGCUACACGUACUUUGAAUACAAAUGUUGAUACAUCUUCUCGAGAAUUUAAAAAAAGUACUCAGGAACUAUCUGGUGAAGAAACUAACAUAUUCACUAGUACACCAAUUGAGAUUUCUUCUAGUUCUAAAAAUAUAGUUUUACAGAUAAAGCCUACUAAAACUUUGGAAAAAGAAGAAAUAAAAAAUGAAACAUUGACACCAAUUUUAGAAAUUGAGGAAACAAUUUCAGCUGAAAUAUUAACAACUGUUCCGAUAACUUUAAAUAUGGAACAACAUUCAAUUAUAAAGGCCUCUGAAGAGCCAUUUAUAAGUUCUAGUAUUUCCAUUGAAAAUUCACCUGAAACAACUGUUUCUACUUCAAUACCUGUUACUGAUAGCAACGAAUUUUCAAAUGAUAAUAUAUCAGACAUGGAACCUUUGGAGUUUACGAGUGUACCUAAUAAAAUGGAGAAAGUAGAACGUUUGGAUCAAGAAGGAAAACAAGAACCAGCAGAGAAUCUAGAUCAAGAAAUUAAGUUAUCGCCUCAAGAUUCUUUAACAUUUGAUAAUUUAUUAUCUGACUUAAAGGAUUUAGAAGGAGAAACAGCUCAUAUUCAAAAUGGUCCUAUUGCAAGUGUUUCAGUGAUUCAAUCAACGACGAAUACUAUGCCACAAAAAGAAUCUGUUUUUCUAAGACUCUCAAAUAGAAUAAAGGCAUUAGAAAGAAAUAUGUCUUUGAGUGGACAGUACUUGGAAGAAUUAAGUCGUCGAUAUAAGAAACAGGUUGAAGAAAUGCAAAAAUCUCUUGAACGCACAGUCUCGGCAAUGAGCGAAGAAACGCGAAAAAGGGACGAACGUGAAUCAAAAAGAGCAGAAGAAAUUGCUAUUUUAAAAGAAACAGUCGUUAAUCUUUCGAACUCAGUGAAAAAUCUUUUGUAUGAUCGUGAUAGUUGGCAUGGAAAAAUCUCCACAAUAGGUCAACAUAUGUUGUUAAUAUGUUCUGAAGUUUUUGUGAUAUACUUAAUUUUAGUGUAUUAUUGGACAAAUAACAAUAAAGGAGUUGAAGUAAAGAAGAAACAACAGUCAGAUAAAGAUACAAUGCGGCGUAAAAGUGCAGAAAACUUUAGUUCACAUAUGAAGAAAACAAAAAAGCGAAGACCAAGCGAAAUAGCUUCUCACAUUACAGGUACAUAUCGUGACUUAAUGAUUAUUGAUAAAUCUCAUGAAACAAAGAAAGAGAAGAAGAGGAAACGUAAAAAACCAACUGCUUUAAUUGAUAAUCAAACAAAUGUAACUAAUGAUACAGAAAUUUAUCCAAUAAUACAGUAUAAAUCUCCAACAAAUAUUACGCACGAAAUGCAAAUAGCACCAAAAACUGCUUCAUCUAUUGAAGUAUUACAUACGACUGAUUCUCAAAAACAAAUAUGCAAGAGACUUAAAUCUGCUCCAGAAAAUAUGAUUGACUGGCAAAAUGAAGAGAGCAAUAUACAAUUAAGGUUAUCAUGUGCCGAAACAGAUUCUAUUAAAAAUUUCCAGCUAAAUAAUUCAUGUACUGAGAAUUCAAAUGAAUCAAAUUUGUUAUUAGCAGAUAUAUUUCCAGAAAAAAAUGCUUACAGCGAACAAACCAUCAUUGGAUCCGAAGAUCUUUUGAAUUCUAAAAAUAUUAGUACAUUAAAGAACACGAGAUUAAGUGUAACACCUUCCUUUAUGAAAACUGCUUUAAGUACAAGAAAAAAAAGAAAAGCUUAUUCAAAUGAUGUGAAUGGAGAAUGGAGUAAGAAUUUAAGUGAUCCUAAUAACAAGACUGUAAGUUCUAUUCCUUCAAAAUUAUCUCCAGAAGAAACUUAUACUGAUGGUGAUACAGCUACUAACGGUUUGUUAAUGGAUCAAAGUGAUGAAUCUAGAAGUAGUAGCAUAACAUCAAUGUCAAAAAAAAAGGAGAAAAAAAGCACUGGUUUUAGGAAAAUGAUUUUGGAUAUUUAUGUAAAUGAAAUAUGACAACAAAAUAUAUAAAGUACAGUAUAUUAUUAACGUAUGUAAUUAAUAUAGUUUAUGGCAUAGUUGAGACAUUGAUAAUUUUUUAGUGAAAGUGAAAUUCAAAGUACUUACAUUAGUU